AUGGAAGUUUACUUCUUGCUUGAUCCCGGCGCAAUUUUUCUAAGUUUGGGGUUUGCCCGAAGUUUCUCGCCGCUGAAGUUUGAUGCCGAUGACAGUGGAAGCAGCAUUCUGGUUGAUCGUGGUGGAGACUUUAGUGGUGAUGGUGAUGAUGGGGGAUGUGCUUCUGAUGGCGACGGGGUCGGAACCUCGGAUGGGGAUGGAGAAGGGGUGACUAAUGGAGUAGGAGCCUUGGACGGCUAUGGGUGUGGGGAUAAGGUUGGUGCUGGGGGCGGAGUCUUAGAUGGCGAAGGCGAAGGUGUCAGUGAUGGUGUAGGAACCUUGUCCGAUGAUGAUGGCGAAGGGGUGGGUGAUGGCAUUCGAUAA